AUGAAGCUCUCCCGCACUCUGCUACGGAAUCACUGGCCCGGAUUCAGCCGAGGAAACAUGGAAGAUGAAUUAGACCAGGAGGAAUAUGAGGGCGGCCGCAGGGGCGGGCGCGGGCGGGGUCGAGGGGGACGUCGCGGCGGUGGGGGGAAAGUCGGAGCGGCGGUGGGCGGCAACGGGGGCGGCGGGACGAGCUUCGGCAGCAGCAGCAGCGGAAACCUUCUUGGAGGAGGCUUCGACACCAGCAGCGGCGGCAGUUUCGGCACCAACGUCCCCGGCGGCAACUUCGGCAGCAGCAGCGGCGGCACCUUCGACGGGUCCAGCGUCAGCUUCGGCAGCAGCAGCGGAGGCAGCUUCGGGACCGGCGGAGGCUCGGGCUUCGGCAGCACCACAGGCGGAGGCGGAGGAGGCUUCGGGGCCACGGCUGGGGGUGGAGGCGGAGGCUUCGGCAGCGCUGCAGGAGGGGCUGCCGGUCAUGGCGGAGGCCUCGGCGGGGGCGCUGGCGGUCUAGGUGGAGGUUUCGGCGGCGGUGCGGGAGGCAGCGGAGGUUUCGGUGGCGGCGCUGGCGGCCAUAGCGGAGGCUUCGGCGGCGGCUCAGGAGGGGCAUCCGGCGGAGGCUUCGGCGGCGGCUCAGGAGGGGCAUCCGGCGGAGGCUUCGGCGGCGGAGCGGGAGGCAGUGGAGGUUUCGGCGGCGGCGCUGGCGGUCUCGGUGGAGGUUCUGCUGGCGGCGGUUUCGGUACCGGUGGAGGCUUCGGCGGCGGAGCCGGAGGACUUGGUGGCAGCAGCGGAGGUCUCCACGGCGGUGCCGGAGGAUCUGGUGGCGGAGGCUUCGGCGGGGGAGCAGGCGGCGCUGGCGGCUUUGGAGGUCUUGGUGGAGCCGGUGGUGGCUUCGGAGGCGCUGGCGCUGGCGGAGCCACAAGCACCAGCGGAGCUAGCUCAGGCGGCUUUGGCGGCGCCGCUAGUUCUAGUGGGGCCGCAAGUGGUGGCUUCGGAGGUUCUGCCAGUUCUAGUGGAGCUGCCAGCGGAGGCUUCGGAGGCGCUGCUGGUUCCAGCGGAGGUGCCAGCGGCGGCGUCGGCGGGAGUGGCGGAAGCGCACCCAUCCCCUCGGUCGUCGGCAGCCCCAUCGGAACACCUAGCACCGGUUACAAUCCACCAAGAGGUUAAAAUGCCCACGUAGACGGCAACAGCAUAUCGGCGAUGAAUGGUUGUUUGGAGGAAUGGCCUUGUUUGGGCGAUUACUCUGACUUCUGUGUGAAAUUGCCUUGUUUGGGUAAUUACGAUGACUGCUAUGUGAAAUUAGGAAUAAACUGUGGUUUUGA